AUGCCCUGUGAAGCAUUGCCAGUGGAGUUGGAGCAGCACAUUCUCAGCUACCUCAAGGACGACAUCCCAUCUCUGAGAUCAUGCGCUCUGACCUGCCAUCGCUGGGUGUACAGCACGCAGAGAUACCUCUUCGCGAAGGUCCAGCUCGAUUUCCGCCACGUCCCGUUCCCUUCCCAGGCCAAUCCACCCGACAGAUUCUGCCAGUUGCUUCUCUCUUCGCCACGCAUCUCCGCGUAUGUGCGGGAGCUCUCCAUCGUCAUCGCCCACGGGAUGGAGGACCAGGACCUGCACCGGCUCACCGAAAUCCUGCAAGUCUGCCUCCCCUUGCUCAGGCACCUGCGGGGCAUCAACCUUGGGCGCGGAAGCACUACUAGUGGCAGCAGCGGCGGCGGUGGCGGAAGACUUAACAGCGUCAUCAGCUCCACCACCACCUCGGUUACGACAGCGAUCCCCUGCCCCACCACCAGCAGCGUCUCUGAACCGGGGAUACGUCCCAAAGGUUAUAUCUGGCCGGUCUCGUGGAGCUUUAUUCCCAGCGCCGUGCGCAAUGAGCUUCGCACCGCGUUCCGCUCACAGUCGCUCGUUCACAUCCGUCUAGCGCACAUGCGCGGCAUCCCGCUUUCGGUACUGGCGCUCGCGGGAUGUCCGCUUCUGGAAGGUCUGGUUCUUGAGGACGUCACAUUCAGCGGCGCGCUUGAAGGCGGCGGCACGGGAGGGGAGACUGUCGAUUGGGAUGCGUCGGCGGCGGCACAGGCGCAGAGACGACCCAGAGAUUCGGUCCUGCAGUCCCAGCGGCGGCCGCUGAAGAUGCUCAGGCUCGAGCUAGCCGAGCCCGCGUUCCACGCGUUCGCACAGUGGGCGACGAACGACGACUGUCCGCUCGACAUCUCAAGCGUGCAGCACAUGUCGCUGACGAUGCCCAAGCAGUACAGCACGCACGGCGGGAUCAACGCGCUGCUCAGCGAAUGCGCAGACUCCCUACGCACAUUCUGCUGCCGUCUGGAAGUUCAAGCCAUCGGCGUCAAUCACGAUGCCGUCACAUCCCCGCUCGACGUCAGCGCCCUGCACAACCUGCGCACGCUCCGCCUCGCCAUGUGCCGGCCCCGGCAGAAGAAGACGGGCGCUGCGAUGAUUCUCUUCAAUAACUUCAAGAACUUUAUCCCGAAUGUGCUCGCGCAGCUCGAGCCGGCGACGCAUGGUCUGCUUGACGAAGUGUCUGUCAAGCUUGAUGUGGGCGAGUGGAAGACGGCGACGGAUAUACGCGAGGCUGCACAGCGUAUAAGGGUCCACAUGCUCGACCGACGCGACCGCGACGAUGACGAUGACGAUGAGCGCAGAGAAAGUGGUACAACGGCCAAAUUCGCAAAUCUGAGGAAGAUGAAGUGGUUCGUCGCAGGCAACGAGGCGCUGCGCGCUGCGUUGGCCGACGGGCUGCAGGCUACACCUCUACCGAGCGGAUGCCAGUACGCCGCAGACUCCGAGGAGGGCAGCGAGAGGGUGGUGGAAGUCAGACCAUGCGACACUGCCGACUCUCCAGGAUACCUGGACUGCGCCGAAGAGGAAGAAGACACUUUCGCGACGUUCGCGAUCUUCUAG